UUCUCAGGUUCCAGCAUAGCUGCACCUCUCAGCAGCAGAUAAUGAGCUUAGCCACUCCUGCUUGCGUACAUCAGUGCACAGGGGUCAGUCUCUGGAUUAACACGCCCCACUUGCACCUUAGCCAGCCAUCCCUCUGUAUGUUCUCCUUGUUUUGGGAGCACUGCUGACCUUUUUGCAAAGUUUUUGGUUUAAAAGUUUUGGAUCAGCCAUUAGAUGAAAUACAAGUAGUCAGUUAUGGCCUCCAAACAAAUGACCAGGAGGAGGUGAAGCCGAACAAGUGAAUUUAAGUGGGUGAGACUCCCACCCUUUCAGAUACCAGGACAGGGGGUUGCGCCAUCCACUCAGCAGAAACAACCUUAUGCUACUCGCUAAUAACAAGGUUGCUGAUGAUGGGAGCUCAGCACGGUCCCUUCAAGAGGGGCAAGCCAUGGUGGACUCCCUUACAAAGGUGGUGGCAUGUUACCGGCACCUGGCUUCCUGUGUUGGUGGCUGCACAGACAGUAAGAGUCUGCGCCAUGAGCUCCAGCAGACACGUGAGCACGCUCAGACACUCACACUGUCCUGUCGUAACCACCUAACAGCCCGACUGAGGGACAAAACCCUGCCUGAGGAGGAAAGGAAGGUGACAGAGCUGCAGUGGGUGGCCUUCUCCUCCUGCUUGGAGCUUUUUUAUGCAGACAUGUGCAAAGUUUAUCACAUGGGCAACAGUUUCUCGGUGGCCAACAACAGUGCCACAGUGCAGACGGGCAUGCAGGGAGGUAUGACAGAAGUAGCAGCUCGUGCUCUGAGCGUGCCUGAUCUGCAGGAGGAGCAUGGAGAACAGACAGACAGUAUGGAGGGGCUUGAGCAAAGCCAGCUGGAGCAGGAGAUUGCGCAGGUGGACCGCACUCUGGAAGACAUGGAGAUGAAGGUGAACGUGCUGCGCUGGACAGUGGAGGCACGAGGGCCCCAGUACAGUGAGCCGCUCAGCACUGACAGCGCUUCACUUGGGCUCCUGUGCACUGAUGAGGAGGAGGCACAGGUGCGAUUCUGUGACCGGAGCCAGAUGUUCGUGGUGAUGCUGUUAGGUGGUGUGGCAGCCAUUGCUGUCGCACUGUCAGUGUGUGUAGUUUUCUUGGUCUGAGGCUACUUUGCUUGGAGAGCCUUGAAAUCUCAGAAAUUUUCCAAAGCCAACAAUGACUGGAUUUUUUUUUUCUCACAUUAAAGUCUGAGUUUCAGAGACAUUUACAUCUGAAUUCUAGCUAUAAAAACAUGUAAAUCCCAAGAAUAUUAUGAUUUCGGAAACACUGAAGAAAAUGCCACUUAAAAAUAUCGGUUAUUUUAAGAAACAUUUCAUUAGCUGGUACCUUUUGAGCAAACCACAAAAAUAAGCACUGUCAUCCCUCCUGAUUCACCCUGGAAAGUCACUGUUAAAUCAACAGCAUAUUAAUUAUUGUUAAAAUUGUAAUUAUUAAUAAAUAAUGUAAUAAUUAUGGUCAUAAAGACUUUUAAAUGAGUCUAAGUAUCCAAAGAAACUACACCCUAGUGUAUGACUUAUUGUUUCUUGCAAAGAGAGAGAGCACUGUUAAUAUUCAAACCUUGAAAUAAGAAAAAAUAGUUUAUUUGCUAAUUAAUUUUUUUGAAGAUUUAGAUAGCCAUACUGUGGUAUGUACCACCUGAUAGAUCUGAGGAAAUUAAAUAUAUUUUCCAACUCUUUGGCACAACACCCAAGACAUAAGCCUCCAAGGUCUAUAUUAGGAUGACCAUAUUAAAAAAAGUGUCCGAAAAGAACUACUCUCAAAUUCACUGAUGUACCUAUUGACUUAACUCUU